AGGAAUAUAUACUGUGCCCACUUCCGUUGGUGAAUGGAACUCUUGAUUCUGUUCAAUCGAUCUCACUUCUCUAGCCAUUAAAUAGCCUGCAACCUGCUUUGUUCCUUGUAGUGUUCAUAACCCAUUUGGCAUCCCUAUCCUCUUUACUUCCUCUUCUACGAUCCUAAAAUCACGUUGAAUGGCAUCCAAGAGAAUACUGAAGGAGCUCAAGGACUUACAGAGAGAUCCACCAACUUCAUGCAGUGCAGGGCCUGUGGGUGAGGACAUGUUCAAUUGGCAAGCAACCAUCAUUGGUCCAAAUGACAGUCCUUAUGCUGGUGGCGUUUUCCUUGUCAUCAUCCAUUUCCCUCCUGAUUAUCCCUUCAAACCUCCCAAGGUUGCAUUCAGGACCAAGGUGUUCCAUCCCAACAUUAACAGCAAUGGCAAUAUUUGCCUGGACAUACUCAAAGAACAAUGGAGUCCUGCUCUCACCAUAUCAAAGGUGCUGCUCUCUAUCUGUUCUCUGCUAACAGAUCCAAACCCUGAUGACCCUUUGAUGCCUGAAAUUGCUCACAUGUGCAAGACCGACAAAGUGAAGUAUGAGUCCACUGCUAGAAGCUGGACCCAGAAGUAUGCCAUGGGCUAAAGCUCUCUGCUUUCAUACGUUUUGGAAUUAUCUUUUUGCUCUUCAAAAACCUUCUCUUUUUAGUAUUACUAUUCAUUAAUAUAUAGAUAUGACCGUGAAGCUUGAGCAUUAAUAUUGAACAACUUGUAUACAUAUGAGAAUUGUUCUCAAAGGCUUUACCUUUGUGAUUGGAGCUUUGCUCUCUAUGAAUAAAUGCCAUUGAAAAUAUACCAA